AUGGGUGCUUUGCGAAGAGUCAAGACUAAGCGCAUGACGAGAGGUUACGAUCAAGUCCGAGAAGACAUCGACUCUCCCAAGCACCUUGCGCAAUACAAAGCCACCAAAGACGCAGAGGACCUUCCUGGUCUAGGAAAACACUAUUGUGUUGAAUGCUCAAAAUGGUUUGAAAGCGAAUACAACCUGGUCGCCCAUACCAAGGGUAAAAACCACAAACGAAGACUCCGGUUGUUGCGAGAGGAACCGCACUCACAAAAGCUGGCUGAGGCCGCCGUUGGCUUGGGAACUGAUAAUGGCGUACGGCAACAAGAGUCGGUCGUCGACAUGGAGGAUUAG